CCCGCAGUUGUCUUCCAUGCUCUCAUCAUUGUUUUUGUUUUUCUAUGGAUUAUUGUGGUCAUCUCCUGCAAGGACCAUCUCCAACUCUUUUAGGAUGGAUGGAAAGGAAAAUUGCAUUUCCUUUUUUCUUUUCUUUUUUUAAAAUUUUUUUAUAUAUGAGGGGGACUUGAUAAUUGUGAGGGACAUUUAAUACCGGGAUGAGAGUAAUUGCAGUGCUAUCAGUAAGUUCAACAUAAAACUAAGCAUUUAACAGCCUAGCUUGUAUCAUUGUUUCUAUGUACCUAUUUGAUUGGUAGGGAGAGACGGCCAGGUUAGAACUGUCAAAAUUUAAUUAUUGUCUUUGUUUUAUUUUUAUUUCUGUCUCUCCCUCAAGGGUUGAUGCUAUUCUUUCCUUCUGUAUUCGAGUACAUACCCGGUAAUGGAAAGAUGGACUUUUUGGUUUCAGAGGCACCAAAAAAAGAAGAGUUCAAGGAUGUCAACAUCCCGACAUGUGCUUCCCAGCUCUUAGAAUCCCUUCCUCUUCCGAAUAUUAAAUGGAUCUGCCCAACUGCACCCACACGUCCCGUUACAUUGCUUGGUGGUUUUCCUUGCACUGCAUGGUUUGAUGCGGGAGAGCUUUCAGAAGAUGGUUCAGAUGAUUGGGAAGCUUUAGAUGCUUCAGCAGCACAUAUUGCAAACUUGUUGUUAACAGAGCCAGCUGAUGUUAAGGUUGGUGUUGGAGGCUUCAGUAUGGGUGCUGCAAUGGCCCUUUACUCUGCAACUUGCUAUGCUCUAGGGAGAUAUGGAAACGGUAACCCAUAUCCUGUCAACCUAAGGGCAAUUAUUGGACUAAGCGGAUGGCUUCCAGGGGGAAGGAGCUUAAGAAGCAAAAUACAAAGUUCACAUGAGGCUGCAAGGCGUGCUGCUGCCUUACCAAUUUUACUAUGUCAUGGGACAGGCGAUGAUGCUGUCCUCUAUAAAUAUGGGGAAAAAUCAGCCCAAUCCUUAAGUUCAGCAGGAUUUCAACACCUUGCAUUCAAAUCCUAUGAGGGGCUUGGUCAUUACACAGUACCUGCAGAGAUGGACGAAAUCUGCCAUUGGCUGACCCCAAAACUGGCGCUCGAAGGGACUCGCUCGAUGCGGAACUAGUGUUGGAGCUAGUGAUCAGUAUGAGGAAUAAAAUUUUGAAAGGCGAACAGGUUUGAGUGCACUGUGUACGAGUACUAGGUAGUACAACAUAGUAUUAUGGAGCAUGGGGUAUAUUGGUAUAGUUAAGAUAAAUAAUCUCUCUCAUUCCUUAGCCUCCUCUUGUCCUAAAUGAAAAAGUUUGGAUGUACCUCACUA